AUGGCAGUCUCCUGGUUAGACACGGUGUACAAUCCCUCAGAGGUCCGGGGCAAACUGCUGGCGGCUGCAGUUUCGAGGCUGCUGGCAGUAGACCAUCACUGCUUAGAAAAGUGCAGCCAGUGCAGCAGUAGUUUGGUUGGCACGCUGUGCUGGCAGAUCACAGUGACAGAGACGGUGCUGUUCUUGGUCCAGUACACAUCCAAAGAGUUUGACCGAUCUGAGAAGACGGUUGUCACUGGGGACUGCUGUUACCUCAACCCCCUGGUUCGCAGGACUUUUCGCUUCCUGGGAGUCUACACGUUUGGCCUCUUCACGGUGGACAUCUUCGUCAACGCGGGCCAGGUAGUGACAGGAAACCUCGCACCAUACUUCCUGACGGUGUGCAAGCCCAACUACACAGCGCUGGGCUGCCAGCAGGCUCUGCGGUACAUCAGCCACCAGGAGGCGUGCACCGGCAACCAGGACGACAUCCUGCGAGCCCGCAAGACCUUCCCUUCCAAGGAGGCCGCGCUCAGCGUCUACGCCGCGCUCUACCUGGCAAUGUAUGUGACAUGCACGGUGAAGGCCAAGGGGACUCGCUUAGCUAAACCGGUGCUCUCCCUUGGCCUGAUGUGCUUGGCCUUCCUGACGGGUCUGAACCGUGUGGCGGAGUAUCGCAACCACUGGUCUGAUGUCAUUGCUGGCUUUAUCAUUGGGACUGCCAUCGCUACUUUUUUGGUGGUGUGUGUGGUGCACAGCUUCAGAGGCAGGUUGCUGCUGAGCGAGGAGAGCCCUGCAGAGCCACUGCCCAGCGCGGCCAUUAUGAACAUGGGCCGGGUGGAAAGCCCCCUGGAGAAAUACAUCGCUUCACAGAAUCACAUCACCUUCGCUGAGGUCACAUGA